AUGAAUAACUUGGUUUUUGAGUCGUUCGACGUCCGUUAUCCUCCAACCUCUGAGAGAGAUUCAGAGGGCGGUGGCAGCACCACCAAACCCAUCAUCGUCCUCCAGGAGGAUGACAGGGUUCCUGCCACUAAGAGGAAGGCCAGCAGGCCUCCACACGCCCCUGGAAAGAGGUCCAGGGAUACAGGUGAACCCGCUGCUGUCUCAGCAGAGACCGUCAGGGAGAGGGAGAGGGAGAGCUGUACCGAGCGGCUGUCGACCACAGAGACCCCUGGUAGCUGUGAUGUCCAGCCAAGCUCCAGCAACCCCUCAACCCCCCGACAGGACAACGGGAACACCUACAUGUCAGCCUCAGAGAGCAGAGCACGUUUUGAAAGAAAGUACCUGCAGCUUCAGAUUCUCGGGGAAGGAGGCUUCGGAUCAGUUUAUUCUGGGAGAAGAAGAGCUGAUAAUUUCCCAGUGGCCAUCAAACACAUCCCUAAAAAGACUGUUGAGACUCGACCAGUGUUCCACCUUGGGAAGGUGCGCCAGGUCCCGCUGGAGGUGCUGCUCAUGAUGAAAGCAGCAGGCCGACCGGCUUCAGCGGGGAAAUCUGCAGUCGUGUCGUUCUUGGACUGGUAUGACCUGGAGCAGGAGGUUCUCCUGGUCAUGGAGAGACCAGUUCCCUCCGUGGACCUGUUCAAUUACAUCCUGAACAACGGUGGUCCCCUGCAGGAGGACACGGCUCUGAGCAUCAUGAAGCAGCUGGUGAAUGCAGUCCUGCACAUGCACUCCAACAGAGUCUUCCAUCGUGACAUCAAGUCAGAGAACAUCCUCAUACAGACCGGCUCCGACGGUCUUCGAGUGAGGAUCAUAGACUUCGGAUGUGGGUGCGUCUUGACUGACGGAGCUUACCGCAAGUUUGCAGGAACCCCUGACUUCGCGCCUCCAGAGUUGUACAUGUGUGGGGGCUACGAGGCCGGCCCCACCACAGUCUGGCAGUUAGGUGCUCUGCUCUACGAAAUGCUGGAUGGACUUCCCCAGUUUACCACCACAGAGUUCAUCUGCGACAGCAUUAGAUUCAGCAGUGAGUUGUCGCGCGGCUGCCUGGACCUACUGAAUUUGUGUUUGGUUUUGGACCCUUCGGAGCGGGCCACCCUGGAGCAGCUGCAGCAGCACCCCCGCAUAAGACACUCAGCCUGA